GAACCUGAAGAUGAAGUAUUUCUUGCUAUUGCAAAGGCUAUGGAGGAAAUGGUUGAAGACAGCGUCGACGGCUAUUGGCUCGUCAGUAGCUUUGUGAACCUAUUCAACAAUAAAUACAAGGACACUUUACCCCAACUGCCAAAAUAUCUGGAACAAACUUUGAGCCUUGAAGACAGCAGACUCCUAACGCAUUUGAAAUCGUGUUCAGCAGUGAGCCGACUUCCUUACAACCUCUGGUUUAGGAAGUGUUUUGCUGGGUGUCUACCUGAAUCGAGCCUACAAAGGGUUUGGGACAAAGUUAUCAGUGGUUCCUGCAAAAUCCUCGUCUUUGUCGCUGUUGAGAUUUUGCUGACUUUCAAAAUGAAGUUGAUGGUACUGAAUAGUGCUGAGAAGAUCGCCCAGUUUUUGGAAAACGUACCUCAAGAUAAUACUGAUGCAAUUGUGAGCAAAGCCAUUGAGUUGUGGCACAAACAUUGCGGGACCCCUGCUCAUUCGGUCUGAGUCCUCGCUGACCCCAUGGCAUAGGGUUUUGUGGGGGGGGUUGUA